AUGGACAAUCCAAUCAAAUUGAGUUAAUUGAAGUCUUCUUCAGAAUAAAAGGAAAUUGUUGAUAAGCUCUUCAAGAUUCCAGUCUAAUAAAUAUAAAAACAUAAUUAGAAAGCGUAAUCUAAAUCUGACAUAAUAAAUGAAUUGCGCCAAGAGAAUUAAGAUUUAAAAAACACUGUUAAUGAAUUAAAAUAGAGAAUUCAAGAAUUAGAAUAACAAUUAAAUAAUCAAAAAAAUCCUUAAAUAGAAGAGGAGAAUUAAGAAUAAGUUUCAGUUGAGAAAUCAUAAAAUGAAAUUUAAGAAGAAAUGACAGAAGAAGAGAAAUCAAUGCAUUUAGCAUUUAUGUUAUAAUAACAAGAAGAGAUGGAAUUCUAAAAUCGUUUAGCUUAGUAUUUAUUUAUAUUUAUUAUAAUUUUUUUAGAAUGUAAAAUAAUGUAGAUCUUGAUGAAAUGAGUUAUGAACAAUUAUAAGAAUUAUAAGAAAAAAUGGGAUUUGUUAGUAGAGGAUUAUUAUAAAAUUAAAUUCAAUUACUUUUAAAAUAAUGUAAAAUAAAGUAACAAAUUAAUGAUUGGUAUAAUUGAUUAUAAAUUUUAGUUGUACUAUUUGUUUAGAAGAUAGUGGAAAUCCAGUUGAAAUAGAAUUAGAAUGUAGCCAUGUAUUUCAUUAAGAAUGCAUUUCAGAAUGGCUGUCCAGAGAAAAACAUUGUCCAGUAUGUAAGAGAGAUAUAAAUCUUAAUAAAUUCAAAUGA